UGCAAGUAUGUGUCAUUUUGUCAUCAGAGUUACAUUUUGACAAAGGAAUGUUUAGGUUUUGAUAGCAGAGUUUCAAUUUGACACAGAUGUGAAUGGUAUAUUUCCCAAUGUUGUGUCAUGUUUACUUGUGUGUAGAGUUUUUGCACAAUGAGCAAAGUUUUGCAAAAUGUGUUCAAGCAACGGGCAAAAACUGUAAUAUAAUUACUCUCCUGUUUUUAGGAUUCUUCAUUGUUGCAGUUUUGCCAGUGUUGACAACAAUGACAAGAUAUAACUGGAAUGUCACAUGUGGGGAAGAAAUGGGCUGUUCACCUUUGGUCAGAAGAUCAGUGUGGUUCAUGUUUAUGUCAUUCAUUAAUGCAGUAAUGAUAUAUUUCUACAUCACAGCACUCGCAAAUGAAACAGAUUCUGUGGGAUGGGGAUGUUUGAUUGGGUUUCUGCGGUUACUCUGGACAGUUGUGAACUUCACAUAUUCAUUUAAUGAUUGGGAUUUCCCCCGUCUUGUCCCUGUGUACCUGUUUGGAUCAGUUGGUGUUGUUUUAAUAAGCGCUGUUUCACUGAUGACAGAACUGAUACUGAAAACAGUUAAUGGUGAGCGUGCAGUCGGAGAUCUGAGAAUUGUUGUUUUUUCAUGUGAAAGUUUCUUGAUCUUUUUCCUGCUGAUUUUACUCGUAUUUAAACCCUGGAUCAAAACCUGUCAGCAGUCAUGUCAGAAUGCAGCAAGAGCAAGAUCUCAUCGAACUCAAGACGCCAGAUCAAACCAGAACGAGAACCAAAGUUCUCAAAAUGCAGCAGGAUCUGAUGAAACUCCAGUCGCUGGAUCAAACCAGAACCAGAACUCCGUAGAAAUGAAUCCUCUACUACAGACGCUAAGAUCAGGAGGCUGGACAGAGAAAAGAGACGGAGGAAACUCGGCCUGAUUCAGUCGAGACACAAACAUAAUCAACAAUGAGAGAAAACAAAUGUGUCAAACACUUGUACAUGUUUACUCAAACUCUUAUGAGUGCUGACAAACUGAAACUUCUGAUGUCCUUCAGUUCAAAACAUACAGAUUAUUAUUGUUAUUGUGAGCAUUUUUAUAUGUUGUUUUUUAUGUUUUCUCCUUUUUGAGAAGAGCUGUAAAUAAAUGCAGACUGUGUUUAAGUAAUUGUGUAAUAAAACUGCUUGUUUUGCUUGUAAAUCAGUUGCUCUGUUUUCAUACUUGUGUUAGACAUUGUGCUUUGACUAUAUGAAAAUAAAUGUGCGGUCCAUGUAAAUAAACUCUUGUAAAGUCUAUUAUGAUUUAAUUUUUUAUUUUUUUAAAUAAGUACUUGCACUUAAAGGAGUAAUAAUUACAAGUUCAAUAGA